GGGCGCUGCUGAGCUCAGCGCGCUGCGGGAUGGAGGCCGCCGCCGAGGCCCGACCCCGGGUGCUGGUGGUGGGCGCGGGGCUCGCCGGGCUCGGCGCUGCGCAGCGGCUCUCCAGCUCUCGAGCCUUCCCCCACCUGCGCUUGCUGGAGUCCACGGGCCGGGCCGGGGGCCGCGUCUGCUCCCAGCGAUUCGGGAGUGAAGUGGUGGAGAUGGGCGCACACUGGAUCCAUGGACCCUCCAAGGAGAACCCUGUCUUCCAGUUGGCAUCUGACUAUGGGCUGCUGGACGAGGAAGCCAUGUCCGAGGAGAACCAGCAGAUCGAGGUGGGGGGCCACCCCCUCCUGCCCGCGGUGUUCUACUCCAGCGCGGGGCGAGUCCUGAGCCCAGAGCUGGUGGAGGGGGUGAGGAACCUGUUCUCCACCCUGCUGGACCAGACGCGUGAGUUCCUGCACAUGCCGCAGGUCUCUGUGCCCAGUGUGGGCGAGUAUCUGCGGAAGGAGAUUGCCCAGCAGGUGAAGGAGUGGACGGAUGACGACGAAACCAAGUGGCUGAAGCUGGCCAUCCUCAACACGUACUUCAAACUGGAGUGCUGCGUGAGUGGGACCCACAGCAUGGAUGACGUGGCGCUGGGGCCCUUUGGGGAGUACGCCAUGCUCCCCGGCCUGGACUGCACCUUCCCUGGCGGCUAUGGAGGCCUGCCAGACUGCAUGCUGACCUCGCUGCCCAAGGAGAGCGUGCUGUUCCACAAGCCAGUGACGGCGGUUCGCUGGGGCGGCUCCUACCGGGAGGAGAGCCAAGAGGGGCGGACGUUCCCAGUCCAGGUGGAGUGUGAGGACGGCGAGAGGUUCCUGGCGGAUCACGUCAUCAUCACGGUGCCUCUAGGGUUCCUUAAAGAACAUCAUGAGACCUUUAUCGACCCUCCGCUGCCUCCCCGGAAAGCAGACGCCAUUAGACAGCUGGGCUUCGGGACGAACAACAAGAUCUUCCUGGAGUUUGAGCAGCCGUUCUGGCCACCGGACUGCCAGCUGAUCGAGGUUGUCUGGGAGGACGAGUCUCCUCUGGUUGAGGCUGGGACCGACCUGCAGGCCAGCUGGUUCAGAAAACUUAUCGUCUUCUUGGUCCUCCAGCCGCCGGAACGGUAUGGGCACAUCCUCUGUGGCUUUAUUGCUGGGAAGGAAUCUGAGUACAUGGAGACCCUCAGUGAUGCUGCAGUUCUUACGGCCUUAACUGAUGUCAUCCGUAGACUGACAGGGAACCCUCACCUCGCCCCGCCGAAGAAGGUGAUGCGAUCUCAGUGGCACAGCGCUCCCUACACCAGGGGCUCCUACAGUUACGUGGCCGUUGGCAGUUCAGGAGAUGACAUUGACGCACUGGCUCAACCCCUUCCCGAGGAUGCAGCUGACCCCCGGCCGCUGCAGGUUCUCUUUGCUGGAGAAGCCACGCACCGGACUUUCUACUCCACUACGCAUGGGGCCCUUCUGUCGGGCUGGCGGGAAGCCGACCGUCUGCUCAGCCUGUAUGACACGUCUGAAUCCCACCAGCACAAGCCUCGGCUCUGAUGCCACUUGCUCGCUUCUCCUUGCUGCUGGGCUUCUGGUUUCCAGCUCAUUACUCAACCUCCGAUUCCUUCUGUCCCUUGCCGUUGCCAAGGGAAAGGGGUUAGUUUGUCUCUAGCUGGUGUGCCCACUCUUUGUGGCUUGUCUCUCUGAUGUCCCUGCAAUCAGACUAAAGGCAGGGUGGCUGUAGGCUUGAACCCAGCACUGGGAGCUGCAGCACCCACACGGACGAGGGGGACUGGGGAAUUGAAACGCCACCUAACUAUGCAAUGGAGUGCUGUCAGUAGUAACAAGUAAAUCUCUAUCAUUAGG